AAAUAGUAUCCCAUUUACUCCGUUUUAAAAUAAGUGACCUAGAAAUUAUCAUGUCAAUCGUGCUUAAAAUUCAUCAUAAAAAAAUAUUAAAAUACACCGUAGAAAAAUGUUGGAUGCACUCUCACUUUUAAAAAUGAGGAAAUAAAUUACCGGAGAUAGAGAGAAUCCUGAUUCAUCGUGGUAUUAAAUAAUGAGGAUUUUGUUUAUUGUUUUAUUUUAUAAAAAAUGGGCACCUCCUGUUCUUUGUUUUAAAUGUCAAUACAAUUAAAACAUUUUGAAAACUACUUACACGAAUAAUAUGCAAAGCGGUUCGGACUCCGGAGUACCGCUUUCAAAUAAAAAAUCAGAAUUUCUUUAAUUUUAAAUUUUUUUUUUUUCGGAUCUUUUAUUUUAAUUUGGUAGAAAAAUCAGAAUUUCUUUUAUUUUAAUUGUUUUUUUCGUCGGAUCUUUUAUUUUAAUUUGGUAGACAAAUAUUAUACAGUAAAUAAUUAAAAAAUUACUUCAAAAUUUCGUUUUUCUAUCAUCAAAACUUCUUUUAAAAAAUUCCUUUCUAGGUGUAAACACUCCGAAUGGCAAAGUGGCAGUCUCGUAAUUUGGUAUUGUCUUUCUGAUUAUAUCUUUCAGUACAGAAACAGGACAUGGUGGGCGAUGGAGGGCGUUCAACGGUUCACAACUCGUCUCUUUCCGGUACCUCUCGCCGGAAAAUGCUACAGAACCGUCACAAAUCCGCCAUUUUGGACAACCCCAGUAAUCAAAUUCCAUCAAACUCGAAAACCCAUCUUCAAACCCCAGAUUUCUUACCCGAAACCCGCCUACACUCUUGACUUCAGUACCAGAAGAAGUCACAGUUCUUCUUCAACUGCUCGGGCCGGUUGGCUUCUGGGUUUGGGAGAGAAGAAGCAAAUCUUGCCGGAGAUUGUGAAAGCCGGCGACCCGGUUCUUCACGAGCCGGCCCGAGAUGUCUCACCUGAUGAAAUUGGGUCGGAGAGGAUUCAGAAGAUCAUAGAUGAUAUGGUGAUGGUAAUGAGGAAGGCACCUGGGGUAGGUCUUGCUGCUCCUCAAAUUGGAAUCCCAUUGAAGAUAAUUGUUCUGGAAGACACAAAAGAAUAUAUUAGCUAUGCACCAAAGGAAGAGACUAAUGCACAGGAUCGGCGUCCUUUUGAUCUUUUGGUUAUUCUGAAUCCAAAGCUUAAAAAGAAGGGUAACAAAAGUGCACUAUUUUUUGAAGGGUGCUUAAGUGUUGAUGGAUUCAGAGCAGUGGUGGAAAGAUACCUAGAGGUCGAGGUAACAGGUUUGGAUCGUUAUGGCCAGUCCAUUAAAAUUAAUGCUUCAGGAUGGCAGGCUCGCAUUUUACAGCACGAGUGUGAUCAUCUGGAUGGAACUCUCUAUGUUGACAAGAUGACCCCAAGAACAUUCAGGACCGUUGAGAACUUGGGUUUGCCUCUUGCCACUGGGUGUCCCAACCUGGGUGUUCAGUAGCUGAUGGUCUUAAAUAAGAUUUAUCAGUCAUAAACCUCUAGAAAGGUGCUCGAGAUGCAAUGGAACAAAAGCUUGAAAUUGCUUCCGGCAGCAAUUGGGUAUUUUGUUAAUUUGGGAUUUUUCCUCCCUAAAUUACCGGAAGAUUUGCAUUCAUUUUAGGAUAUUCCACCAGUUCUUGCGGAUGACAGAUGUUUAAACAUUGCAGAUGUUUUCAAGCAAUUAAGCUGCAUUACAUGGAGUGUUGUUUUGAAUUUAUUCGACAUUGAGCUUCAUUUUCCAAUACAUACUAGUUCUUCUUAGUAAUGACAUCCAAAUUUGAGUAUGAUGAUGUACUACUACCAACUUCAUAAAUGAUUAUCGAGAUAAUUUUUUUUCACAA